CUUCCACUGUGGUGUCCGUGGGAGCGCGUGGUGGACAGCACUGAGGCCGCGCGCCACACGCAAGGCAGCCUGCACGAGCCGACGCCGCCUGAGCAGCGAGGAGCAGCUGAAAGAGGCGACUCCGGUGCCGGGAGCGAGCGGAAGGAAGCCGAGGUUUCCAAGUUCCGUGUAAACAGCCGUGUCCCGGUCAUCAUGCCCCAAACCCGAUCCCAGGCGCAGACUACGAUCAGCUUUCCAAAAAAGAAGUUAUCUCAGACGUCAGGCAAAACCCAGAACUCUAGGAACGCUAAGCUGGUGCCAACAAAUGGCCAAGCUACCCCAUCUGCUGCAAAAAUUCUGCCGCUCAGCCCCAGAAAACGCCUGGGCGAGGACAACCUUUGCAACACCCCCCACCUCGCUCCGUGUUCCCCACCCAAGCAAGGCAGGAAGGAGAAUGGGCCUCCUCGCUCUCGUACCCCGAAAGGACGCAGAUUGAUAUUCGAUGAUCAGCUGACUGUUAAGUCACCCAGCAAAAACCAGCAAACCAACAAGACAGCCUCCUCCCCCGGGAAGGGCGCAGCGAGCCCAGCCAGAUGUGAGCAGAAGUGUCCGCAGGAGAAGGAGCCCCUGCGUCUGCGGUUGUUCAAGCAGGAAGGAACUUGCUACCAGCAAGCCAAGCUCGUCCUCAACACAGCGGUCCCGGAACGGCUGCCUGCCAGGGAGGCGGAGAUGGAAGUCAUCCGGAGCUUCCUGAGGGGGCACAUCCGCGGGAAGAGGGCGGGCAGCCUGUACCUUUCUGGCGCUCCUGGGACCGGGAAAACGGCCUGCUUAAGCCGGGUUCUGCAGGACCUCAAGAAGGACAUGAAAGGCUUUAAAACCAUCAUGCUGAACUGCAUGGCCUUGCGGAGCGCCCAGGCUGUCUUCCCGGCUAUCGCUCGAGAGAUUUGUGAGGAAGAAGCAGCUGGAAAGGACGUGAUGAGGAAGUUAGAGACGCAGGUGACGGCAGAGAAGGGCCCCAUGCUUGUAUUGGUGCUGGAUGAAUUGGACCAGCUGGACAGCAAAGGACAGGACGUGCUCUACACACUGUUCGAGUGGCCGCAGCUCAGCAAUUCCCGACUGGUGCUGAUUGGGAUUGCCAAUACCCUGGAUCUCACAGACAGAGUUCUGCCCAGGCUCCAGGCCAGAAAGAACUGUAAGCCUCAGCUGCUGAACUUCCCGCCUUACACCAAAGAUCAGAUAGCUGCUAUCCUACACGAUCGGCUUGGUCAGGUGGCCGCCGACCGCGUCCUGGACGCCGCCGCCAUUCAGUUCUGUGCCCGCAAGGUCUCGGCUGUUUCCGGGGACGUCCGGAAAGCGCUCGAUGUUUGCAGGAGAGCAAUUGAAAUUGUAGAAUCAGAUGUCAAGAGCCAGACUGUCCUCAAACCACUCUCUGAAUGCCUGUCACCCUCAGAGCCCGUGGUUCCCAAGCGUGUGGAGCUCACCCACAUAGCCCGAGUGAUUUCCGAGGUGGAUGGGAACAGAAUGACUCUGGGCAGAGACGGGGCCCCAGACUCCUUCCCUCUGCAGCAGAAGAUCUUGGUCUGCUCUCUGCUGCUCCUGACCAGGCAGCUGAAGGCCAGAGAGGCCACACUGGGGAAGUUAUACGAAGCCUACAGUAACGUCUGUCGCAAACAGCAGGUGGCAGCUGUGGACCAGUCAGAGUGUCUGUCACUCGCUGGGCUCUUAGAGUCCAGGGGCAUUGUAGGAUUAAAGAAAAGCAAGGAGGUCCGCCUCACAAAGGUAUCUUUGAAGAUUGAAGAGAAGGAAAUAGAGCACGCUCUGAGAGACAGAGCUUUAAUUGGAAAUAUCCUGGCCACUGGAUUGCCUUAAGCUCUUCUCGGUACCCCGCUGGCCUCGGAUGGUUCUGGAGUCUUCCUUUUAAUACUUUACACUCUCAGGUCUGAAAGCAAACGGGACC